AUGUCCCACGUUCGUUUACAUCUCUUGAAGAGGAAGGGGUGGUCUCCGAGGGAAGAGGAAGAAGACAAACACUUCGAGAAGGGCGUGAACAAGAGCCUGCUCAUCACCAAUUCCAGGGUGUUGAUGUUUGCUUCUGAAACUCCGAAGGAACUAUCCAAGAUUCAUAUGGUCCCAAAUACCAAUGGAUUCAAAGCAGUUGAUGCAUCGCUAUUGCGAAUGGCCCCAAUGGAUCAGAAAUGGAGCCCCAAAACCUGUGUCAACUAG